AUGGGUAAAAUCAACCUCACAGCACUACGGGUGCGACAGACAGCGAUCAACCAAUUCGCCAGCGGAAAGAUCAACAAGUUACCACAAUGGGUUGAUGUGGUCGGCGACAUUCCUCCAUCUGAGGUCCUAGUUCGUCACCUUCCUCAGCAACACCAAUUGGUCCGACAACGAGUGAAGUCCGACGACUCCAAGGCGGGGAGGCAUACCGAGUUCGAAGUUGUACAGACACGCCGGAAAUCCAAGAAGCCCAGCCGACUGUUCCAGCCGGUUCAGCUUAGAUAUGAGGAAGAUGAGCUGCGAAAACAGUUCUUCAAAGAUCACCCUUGGGAACUUGCCCGACCUCGCGUGCUUGUCGAAUCCACUGGUAAAGACCAUGAAAGCUACAAUUGGAAGCACCUUCAGCAGCCCGGAAGGAGGCUGGAUGGUGAGAGUGUGGUUCAACGACAGCUUUAUCUUCUGGAGAACGUGCCCGAUAUGACCGUGAGCGCCGCGUACGACAUCGCCCGCCAAGAAUUCUACAAGCUUCGUCUGCAGGAGGAUAUUGAGCGACGGGUUGCCGCGGAGGAGGCCGAGGCGACCGGUGCCAAGUUUGGCCCAACCUUUUUGGAAAUUGGUAUGGAGCUGGAGAACCAACAGUUCGAGAAAUGGAAGGAAUGGGCCAAGUUGGAGGCUCAAGUUCUUGGUCAACGGUCAGCUGCGCUAUCCGGUGCCCCUGAACUUGCAUCAGAGAAGGACACGGAGCAAGAUGCUCAGGCUCUUGAUAUUGAGCAGUCUGAGGCUGAGCAAUAG